UUGAUUAGUCCGCGGUCACACUAUUUAUCACUGUUGUUGAUUUUUUGUGCAAAAAAUCUUUUUGGCUUCUCAAAUUUCGGAAUGCAUCCAAUUAUUGUGUAAUUCUGUGCGUGCACACCGAAACGGAAACGUGGACUACACUGCACUGCAUCGAAGUAACGUCGCACAACGUCUGCAGCGGUGCUUAUGGACUACGGCGGCGGCGGUGGUGGUGGUGGCAGCGCAGCCGGCAGCGGGACGAACAACGCCGAGGCGGCGUCCGAUCUGAACAUGUGCGGGGGUCAGGAUAUGCUGGAGGGCAAGGCCAAGGAGAAGGCGCGUCGCUACUGGACGCCCAGCGAGGAGGAGCGCCUCUACGAGAUCUGGGGACGCGACAACUGGCGUCUGACGCGCAACGGCAAGAACACGAUAUUCUUUGCCCAGUGGGCGGAGGAGUUGCGCGAACGUUUCGGGGUGGAUGUGAAGCCCGAGGAGAUACAGAUGAAGGUCAACCAGACGCGGGCCAAGUUCAGGUCGGUGAAGAAGCAACUGCUGUCGGAUCCCAGCAGCUAUGGCAAUCGCUGGAAGAAGUACGACAUUAUCAAUCGGAUACUGAAGAAUCUGCACAGGCCCAAGGAUGCCGAACCCUUGCCACCGGCUGCAAUGCUUAACAAUCGCGACAUGACGCCGCCCAGGGACGACAUGACGCCAGAGCAGUUGCAGCUGCAACAGCGACAGCAGCAACAAUUGCAACAGCACAGCAGCAAAGGUCUCAAUCUCACCACAGAGGCGGCGGCCAGCAGCUUCUACAACAACAGCAGCAAUAGCAACAAUAGCAGCAGCCACAAUAACAACAACAACAACACGGCUGGUGGCGGCGGCGGCGGUGGCGGUGGCAUGAGCUUCAAUACGGAACUAUUUACGGAUCAGUACGAUGAGGCGGUGAAGCAGGAGUACGAGGACGAUGAGUAUCGCUCGAUACCCUUCCAGGAGCCACUGCAACAGUAUUCGCCAGCCGAGCCAGCUCAAUUGCUCGAACUGCAGACGCCACAGCAGCUCCAACAGCAGCAGCUCCAGCAGCAACAAUUUCAGCCUGGAUACGGGCAACAGUUUCAGCAGCAGCAGCAGCAGCAGCAGCUGUCCACAGAUCAGCAGCCGGCAGCACAGCCGCAGCAGCAGCAGCAGGCAAAUCUCUACAGCAGCAGCAGCAGCAAUGGCACCAAUAGCAACGCAAAUGCCACCGCACCGAACAUCAAUCAUCAGCCGAUCACCGCCGUGGCGUACAUCAACAGCAGCAACAACACAAUCAGUGUGGCCACCAACGCCAAUGGCGGGUCUGUCGGCGGAGCCUCACCAGCACCGGCACCACGCAGGCGCGGCCGUCCCUUUGGAUCAUCGAAUACGCUGGCGGCCGACUCCCUGGAGGCCCUCUACAUGGAGGAGGUGCGUCGCAACACGCAGCUGAUUGCCGAACAGACAAAGAUAUCACGUCAACGGCUGGAGCUGGAGGAGCGCAAGCUCGACCUGAUGCAGACCUUCUUUCCCAAGGUGCUGGAGAAUCAGACGAUGAUACUGAACCGCUUCAUGCAGUGGGAGUCCCGACCGCAGCCGCCACAGCAGAUGCACCACCAGCCACCAGAUUCCGGGCAGCCACACCAGUGAGGAGCCGGUGGGGCCGAACAAUUUUGGACAUUUUUUCUAAGCAAAUCAACGAGUUUGUAAUUUUCAGGACGCGCGCGACGCCUUACAAUUUGUCUACAUUUUUUUGGGAAUUGUAACUGUAAAGUCGCUUUGGUGUGUCCUACGAUUAUAUUAAUACCCUACAAAUUAACAAAAAAAAAAAAAAUAAUUAUACAUACAUACAAACAAGCAAAAAAGUGUUAAUAUUAAGA